AUAAUCACAAAGGAGAUCGAAGCAAACGAGUGGAAGAAGAAAUACGAAGAGAGCCGCCAGGAAGUCUUAGAGAUGAGGAAAAUUGUGGCUGAGUACGAGAAGACCAUCGCCCAGAUGAUAGAGGAUGAGCAGAGGACAAACAUGACGUCUCAGAAGAACCUGCAGCAGCUCACGAUGGAAAAGGACCAGGCUCUGGCAGACCUAAACUCAGUGGAGAGGUCCCUGUCGGAUCUCUUCCGGAGAUACGAAAACCUGAAGGGCGUCCUAGAAGGCUUUAAGAAGAAUGAAGAAGCUCUGAAGAAGUGUGCUCAAGAUUAUUUAGCCCGGGUCAAGCAAGAAGAGCAGCGGUAUCAGGCCCUGAAAGUCCAUGCAGAAGAAAAAUUAGACAAAGCCAACGAGGAGAUCGCCCAGGUGCGCACGAAGGCCAAAGCGGAGAGCGCAGCACUGCACGCCGGGCUGCGCAAGGAGCAGAUGAAGGUGGAGUCCCUGGAGAGAGCCCUGCAGCAGAAGAACCAGGAGAUUGAGGAGCUGACCAAGAUCUGCGAUGAGCUGAUAGCGAAGCUGGGAAAGACAGACUGAGUCUCACCGCCCCUCGUCCAGCACUCUGCACUUGGCCGCUUUUCUCGUAACGUCAAGCACCUUGCCUUAUUACCCAGGACCCCCCCCAGCAGAGAAGCACACACGUCCAGCUGCCUGCUC